AUGGGCGAUGGCACACGGCACCUGCGCAGGGACAACGAAUCUUUUAUCAAAUGGCAAGCCCGUCGACUCACCAACACCCGCACAUUCGCCUCCCUCGAUCACGAAUCCGAGACCUCGCAGAUGAAGCGUGUCUUGACAGUCAAGGACCUGAGUGCCAUGGGUAUCGGUGCCAUUAUCGGCACGGGUAUCUUUGUCCUGACAGGUGUGGUUGCACACGAAAGGGCUGGUCCUGGAGUCGCCAUCUCGUUUGUGAUUGCCGCCAUUGUUGCUGGUCUUGCUGCAUUGUCCUAUGCUGAAAUGGCCUGUCUGGUACCAAUUGCCGGAAGUGCCUAUACCUAUACUUAUGCUACCUGCGGAGAACUCCUGGCCUGGAUUAUCGGUUGGGAUCUCAUUCUCGAAUACUUGGUCGGUGCUGCUACGGUCUCUGUCGGUUUCUCCCAUUACUUGGAAGCCUUCUUCAAAGAUGCGUUCGGAUGGGAACCCCAAACAAAACUCAUGCGAGCGCCAUUUGCAUACCAGCAGGAUGCCUUCAGUCUCACAGGAGACUGGUUCUCAUUGCCGUCGUUCCUCAUUGUCAUCCUUUUGACGAUCCUGCUCUGCCGAGGCGUCAAGUCCUCUGCCCGUGUGAAUAAUAUCCUGGUCGUCGUCAAAUUGAUCGUCAUUGUGGUCUUUAUCUUUGGUGCCUGUAAGUGGGUCGACCCAGCCAACUUCAGUCCCUUCGUCCCACCAAACACGGGCAAGUUUGGAGAAUUUGGCCCAAGUGGUAUCUUGCGAGGCGCGACCAUCGUCUUCUUUGCGUUCAUUGGUUUCGACGCUAUCAGCACUGCUGCCCAGGAGGCACGUAACCCCCAGCGCGAUCUUCCUAUUGGUAUUGGCUUGUCCUUGGUCAUCUGCACAGUUUUGUACAUUGCCACCAGUAUUGUCAUGCUGGGAGUCGUCAACUACACCGAGAUCGCCGGCACUGGUCGCGGAGCCCCCUUCCAGGUCACUGCUGCGGCGACUGGUAUGAAAUGGCUUUCAAUCUUCUGCGAGAUCGGUAUCCUGGCCGGUCUGAUCUCUGUCAUGCUGGUCCUCUUGAUCGGACAGCCCCGUAUCUUCUUCUCCAUGGCCGUCGAUGGUCUCUUCCCGGAGAUUGCCUCCCGCCUUCACCCCAAGUACAAGACCCCCGUGAUGACCACCGCCAUCGCCGGCGUGGUCUGCGCUGCUGCCGGAGGCAUGUUCCCCGUCGAUCUGCUCGCAGAUUUGACCUCGGUCGGCACCCUCUUUGCUUUCUUCUUGGUCCAUUGCUCGGUUCUGAUCCUUCGCUGGAGGGAGCCUGACCGUCCUCGUCGCUUCAAGGUUCCUUUGGGUCCCGUUCUCCCUGUCUUGGGUGCUGCCUGCUGUGUAGGAUUGAUCGCUGUCGAUUCCGUGUCGGCGAUUAUCCGUCUUGUGGUGUGGUUGGCGAUCGGACUGGUGUUCUACGCUGCAUAUGGCUCCAGACACUCAAGGCUGAAUAACCCUGAGCGUUAUGCACUGUCUGAGCCUAUGGAGGUCGUUGGCGAGCGUCAUCAUACUACUCAUGAGGAAGUCAAGGGCGAUGCUUCGCCGCUUCACACAAGCACUCCUAAUGACGUUAAGGUCUAA